AGUUAAGUAUUGAGUAAGUUAUAGGUAAGUAUGUGUUAAAUUUUUGAUUAUGCUCGUUGAAAUACAAAAAAUGGCACUAAGUUAAUUAUAAACCAUCUAAUUAUAACUCAGCAUCAAGCAACUCAGACAUGAUUUUUCCAACUUGCGAUAACGUAUCGUUAAUCUUUAAACUCUAAAAAAAGAAACAAAUAAAUAAAUGUAAAUAAAAAGGAGUAAAAUGAAAAGUAAAAUAAAAAUAUAUUGAGACUGUAAAAUUAGAUUAGUAUAGAAUAAGAUUAGUAUAAAAUAAGCGUCAUAAAGAAAGAAGGAAAAUCUGAAAUUAUCUUUGCUCAUGUAACAAUAGUGCUUCCCGAAUUGUUUGAAGAGUUUUUUAUGACCCCGAAUGUACUCAGCAAUAAUUUGAAUUUUAAAUUUUAGAAAUGUGUACUUUAACAGUUCUAUUCCCCUUUAAGAUUUGUACCCGUGAUUGACCAUCACUCGAUUCAACGCCGAUGAAAAAGACGCUUGAAUAAUCAUUAAGUAGUGUCAUCACAUAUCAAUGGAACUUUUCACUCGUUUUUUGUUGGCAUACGGAAAAAAUUUUUUUGGUUACAAACAAUUCAACUCUUGAUUCCAUGGGCUUUUCCUACCUUAGGGGCCAAAGGUCAAGGUUGUGAAAUAGUCGUGCACUGUUUGUCCCAGUCCCGUAAAUCACGUGCUCGUCCUGGCGUGUCAUCUAACUGCAAGUGACACAAAUCGGUUGUGACGUCACCAAACAACGGCCAUUAUUCGUUGUCAUGGCAACUGCUUAGCGUUCCCCACACUGAAUUCUGUAGUUCAUAUUAAAAAGCUAAGCGGUCUAGUAUUAGUUACUUACUCAUGUAAAACAUGAUUUCGUGAUCGGCCAGGUCAGCUAUGAUCCCCUGGCUGACGGAGUUCGUGCUCGUUGUAGCCAGUGUAUUGGCUGUCCUUAGUAAUCCCCUUAAUAGGAGAGCAGAAGUUCCAGAAGAUUUUCUAAUUAGACUUCAAACAGUUCAAAAUAUCAGUCAGUUCCUAAAUAGCUGGGUAGAUCAAGCUGCAGUCCAACGAGCUUACUUAUCUCAGGGAGAUGAAGGUGAACAAACUGUAGAAGUUGCUCAUCCCGCAGGUUGCCUUCCUGAAAUGAAGAUUGUGGAGUUUGAAAGGCCUUUCGAUCCAUCCUUGGUAAUCUGGCCCAUUUGCACGCGGGUCCGUAGAUGCAGUGGUUGCUGUAGCAGUAAACUUCUGCAUUGUGUAGCAACAAGAACCAGCACAAUCACUGUAAAAGUAAUUAAAGCACGUUAUCCUCACCCAGGAGCCGAAAUGUUAGAACUAGAAGGCUAUGAAAAUGUUCGGCUUGAGCAACAUGAUCGUUGUGCCUGCAAAUGUCGCCAAGAAGAAGCAAACUGCACUUCUCAGCAAUGGUAUCAACCUGGCCAAUGCCGAUGUGUAUGCAAAAACCAACAAGAUGCUUCUCACUGCAGGCAAUCUGAUCAAUAUUGGAACAAUAAAGAUUGUGCUUGUAAAUGUAGAAAUCAGCCUGAAUGCUCGACUGGCUCUAAUUUCAAUAUCGAAACUUGCAAAUGCGAAGCUGUCAACCACUCUUCAACUCAGUUGGAGCGUAUGCCAGGACCGGCUCCACAUUUAAGCUCCAUAUUACGUGAUGAUGGAGGUGAAAAUGAUGCUUACAGACUAAGAUAUUCAAGCAUGGAUCCCGAUGCUCAUAUUGGACCUUUUGCCUUAGCGCAGUUUAAAAAUAACGAGAGGACAUACGUUUUAGAAAACGUUACUCUUCCUCAAUGGACAAAAAAUUGAUUUUAGUAAUUUGUGAAUCGAUAUUUGGAUAUAAAUUAAAAUAUUGGCUGGAUACCCGCCAAUAUUAUGCAAAGUUCUAUAUUGUAUUCGAUUCUCGUCAACAAUAUGAUCUCUAAGUUAUUGGAACUCAGAAGUGUGAUUUUUCUCGAGUGAUGCGUAUCACUCUGACUGUGAUAAAUACAUAAUUGUUGAAAAUGUAUCAUUAACCAGUUAUGACAUCUGGUUAAAAUUUUAUUUUGCUAUGAAACAAAUGUUGAGCAUUGGACUUAGGGAUGACACCAACAAAGUUAAAUUGUUCCUGAUUGAAUAAUGGAGUUCGUUAAAGUAAAACUGGUGCCUUACUAUAUAGCUUUCAAGCUAAGUCAAAGAAAGCAAAUGUCUCAAUGAAAAUUAUGUUUUAAGACAUAGUAUUUUUCAAAGGAUUUAUUGUGAUAGUUGGGCUUACAAUGAUAUAAUUACGAAAUUCAAAGUGAGUUAAAAUGAAUAAAUCUGUUGUUUAGUGUUUCGACACUAUAUUGAGAUUAAAAAAAGAAAAUUAUUAAAAUGAAACAACAGUAUGUUAAACAAAACUUUUUGUCUUUAAAUUUCUCGUUAAAAAUUCAUUUGAUUACAAAAAUUAACAGGUUCAUCGAAGUUAAUUCGCGUAUCAAGGAAAAGCUAAUAAUUAUAUUUAUUGUGAUUAUGAAUAAAGUUCCUAUAUAUUGCAUAAACAUUACCCUUAUCAGUAUUGUUCAAAAUUAUUUAACUUAAAUCGUAAAAAUUCUCGGUAACGGUAAAAUGUUCCAGUUGCAAUUUUUUUUCUAUAAAUUGUUAUCGUAAUCAGAAAAAAUUUAGUGAAUUUGUGAUUAUUAUUCAAUACUUUUUUUAAUAAAGCAAUUUACUAAAUAUCUUUGCCAAUUAUAAGAAGUCUAGAAACUAUUUUAGUUUAAUAAUGAAUACAAGUGCAACAGAAUCAGGAGUUUACAAUAAAGACUCAUUAUUGUUUUAUAUUACUAUACUUAAAACAAAAUUAAUUUUUGGAAAUUCAUACCAAUAAGUACAUAUUACGAAAAAUACAAAAUGUAAAACAACCAUUUUCAUGAUUUACACUCACAAUAAAAUGCAUUAUGAAAAGUAGAAAAAAUACGCUAUUUAAAAUAUUCCACGCCUUUAAAACUAUCCUAACUUCAAAUAACGCAGAUGAAUUAUUUCAAUGAGGCUACAUUUCGCAACGCAGUUAAAAUCAAAUAUUACGAAAUAAGUUUUUUUUAAUAUAAUAAGUUUUUUUUAUAAUAAGUUUUUUUUUAAAAUUGUGAUUGUCAGAAAAACUAAAAAGGGCUCAUAGCAUUAAGAAUUUUAAAUACGUUUGGUAAACCAUUUUUAAAACAAGAGUUGACGGAACAGUUUUAGAAUUUAUUUUUUAAAAUACUUCAUGAUAAGGAUUAUUUUGGCUAAUAAGUCAUGAGUAGAAUUAAGUGUUUACAAACCAUUUGAAGUUUUAAAGGCUAUUUGGAUCAAGCUUUAAAGGCUAUUUGGAAGCUAUUUGGGAAAUGAAUAUUUAAUUUGCUCCAACUAUUUGAUUUUCUUUCUUUGUUUUAUUUACUGAGCUUCCUAUCUAUUUCGUGUUGUGACGAGUGUAUAAUUAUUUGACUUGAACUAGUGUAGAUACUAAGCAGAAAAUACACAAUUUCAGUGCUAUUUUAAACGAAUUUGUUUUAGAUACUUUAGGAUUGUAAUUAGAACCCGAAUUUUUCGAAUUUAUUCUAAGUGUUUUUUCAUACUUUCUAAGUAUUUAAGUUACUAAAUACAAUUUUGAUGGAUUUUACUUCUGAUUUUUGCCCCGUAAAGAAUUUUUAGUCACAUUUAAAAAAUCUAUUUUAACACUUUUUAAUAAUUAUAAUGCUUUUUAAAACAUGUUUUAUUCACUUUUUUAAAUAUAAAAUUUUUCAAGAGUCUUUUUUUUCAUUUAAUGAUGU